AGCUGUCACGAACCGUCAUGAAACCGUCCAAAACGAAAGAGCGCUACUAAGAUGGUUGGACCGACAUCAGUACGCCGGGUGCCGCUUCACAAAUCAACCACUAGUUAACAAAGGGUACUUUUUCUAAUUUACAUAUAUUCAAAGGUGCGCCUGGGCUGGGGAACAAGAAAACAAAUCUGUUUUUUAAUUAAAUCGUUGAAAAUGCACCCAUGACGUGUCUUUUUUUUACCUUCACUUCAGUCUUCGUAUUACCAUUUUCAAUGUAUAGUUUCGAUGCUGUGCUGUCAUAAUAAAGCACAAACUUCCGUGUUACAAAAACUGCUUCAGUAACAAAUGUUUCCAGAAUUUCGGAUUUUUUUCGCUGUAUAAUGUUUUCUGUUUUUGGUAAUUCAUUGCUGUUACAGUGCAAAGCAAUUUUAUGAGAAAACAUUAUGAAAACUGUUUCUGUAUUUUGUUUUGGUUCUAUAUUUGAACAGAAAGCCCUUUGAACUUUAAUGUAUGCCUCACUGUCGUCACAGCAACAGCGCCUUCAGUUGUGACGAAAAGGACGGUACAUCAAAAAGUGCACUUCACAAACAUUUUCACCAGAAAGAGUUUCACACCUUUGUGAGGAAUGAAUAUUUCAUGAUGAUCCUGUGUAAAUUUCAUGUCAUGAUCCCUUUUAAUUUGAGUGUGUUUAAAUUGUACGGCCCUUUAAUGUUGAACAUGCAUUUAAUUUAUAACACUGCGACUCGGUUGAAAGCGUUGCUUAAUGCACAUUACAAUGUGAAAUGAUUAUGAUUGCCAUGAAUUAUUCGUAUUGAGCUUAUGGCAAGGAAAGCCAGACACUUUAUAGACAGGGGAGAGAUAGUCGUUCAACAUUCAAGUGUCCUUGAGAUGACGUUAUAAAUAAUUUUACUCUGAACCGAAAUAUAUCGUGUGAGGGCGCACUACUACUAUGUGGAACAAACAGUGCACGUUGGUCGGCGUGUUUAACCAAGACUAGCACAGCACUUAUGUCGGUGACAGGGCAAAACCAACUGUUCGUGAUGUAAAGCAACUAACUUGUACAAAUAAUGUCCACGGCAAUUCCUUAGUUAAAAAAAAACUAUAUAAGAAGAAGCAAAGGCUGCAUGAUCUCUGAUGUUUGUUGAAAGGCUUUUUCUAAGACGGCACACAAACAUAGAAUGGACUUCUCUGCAAAGAUCUCCGCAAAUAGAUUUGGAUAUAAGACCCGAGUCUCCCACUAUGAGAAUCAUUCUGCUAGAAAGUGAAGCAAGUUCUAGCUCAACCAUGGCUCGACCUUUUCUGAUCGUUUUCCUGCUCGUCGGAGUCCUUACUCCACAGCUAUGCAGGGGGCAGGGAGAGGAUUCUUCCCUUGGGGUGACAGCCACCGAGACACCAAGUGAUUUCUUCCAGCAACUCCAGGACCUGUUUCCAGGUAUCGACCUAGCACAGGACGGGAGCAUCGAAGAACUCAUCCGUCAACUUUUGGUGGAUGGAGAUGAGGCGGCUACGGAUUCGCCUGCCGUUGGUGAUGAACCGCUGCAGCAAUUUCAGGAUUUGCUUGGCGAAGAAGUCCAAGCCGCAAUCAUAGAGCAAUAUAUCCGUCAGCUGCUCGGAGACGACGUCCCGGACGAAGUAGUACAGCAGUUAGCCCAACUCGUAGCCUCUGGUUCGCUGGACAGUUUGAUGCAACCACUUCAGGAUCUUCUAUCUUCCCCGAUCAAUGGAAGCAAUCAAGUCCAGGCUGCGAUCAUCGAACAAGUUAUCCGUCAGCUGCUCGGAGACGCACAAGUCUCAGACGAGGUCGUAGAGCAGCUAGCCAAUCUGCUAGCUUCCACCUCACUGGACAGUCUGAUCCAACCGCUCCAAGAUAUUCUUGCUUCCCCAACUAACGGAAGCAAUCCGGUCCAAGCAGCGAUUAUCGAACAAGUUGUCCGUCAGCUGCUAAGCGACGCGGGUGUCCCGGACGAGGUCAUAGACCAACUUGUGGCCUCGGGCUUGCUCGAAAGUUUAACCCAGACACUCGGGGAGAUUUUAUCAUCUCCAGAUAGUGGAAGCGAUCAAGUUCAGGCCGUGAUCAUAGAACAGGUUGUCCGUCAGCUGCUAAGCGACGCGGGUGUCCCGGACGAGGUCAUAGACCAACUUGUGGCCUCGGGCUUGCUCGAAAGUUUAACCCAGACACUCGGGGAGAUUUUAUCAUCUCCAGACAACGGAAGCGAUCAAGUCCAGGCCUUGAUCAUAGAACAGGUUGUCCGUCAGCUGCUAAGUGACGCGGGUGUCCCGGACGAGGUCAUAGACCAACUUGUGGCCUCGGGCUUGCUCGAAAGUUUAACCCAGACACUCGGGGAGAUUUUAUCAUCUCCAGACAACGGAAGCGAUCAAGUCCAGGCCUUGAUCAUAGAACAGGUUGUCCGUCAGCUGCUAAGCGACGCGGGUGUCCCGGACGAGGUCAUAGACCAACUUGUGGCCUCGGGCUUGCUCGAAAGUUUAACCCAGGCACUCGCGGAGAUUUCAUCAUCUCCGGAUAGUGGAAGCGAUCAAGUUCAGGCCGUGAUCAUAGAACAGGUUGUCCGUCAGCUGCUCAGAGACGCGGGUGUCCCGGACGAGGUCAUAGACCAACUUGUGGCCUCGGGCUUGCUCGACAGUUUAACCCAGACACUCGGGGAGAUUUUAUCAUCUCCAGAUAACGGAAGCGAUCAAGUCCAGGCCGUUAUCAUAGAACAGGUUGUCCGUCAGCUGCUCAGAGACGCGGGUGUCCCGGACGAGGUCAUAGACCAACUUGUGGCCUCGGGCUUGCUCGACAGUUUAACCCAGAUUCUCGGAGAACUUUUAUCAUCUCCAGAUAACGGAAGCGAUCAAGUCCAGGCUGCUAUCAUAGAGCAACUUAUCCGUCAGCUGCUCGGGGACGCACCAGUUCCUGACGCCCUCGUAGAGCAAGUAGCUGAGACACUAGCUUCUGUCUCGCUGAACGACUUGUCCCAACAACUCCAAGCUCUUCUCGUUUCCAACAGCUCGGCCGCGGGACUUGACUUGUUCUCAGAAAACUCGACGACUCUUGAAGACGUACGGCAACUCCUUGUGGAUCUCGGCUUAGUACCCGAGGAGUUAGACUUGCAGGGCUUGACGAUGGCCGCCCAAAAUGUGCUCGCGAGGUAUCUCCAAGACAAUGUUCUCCAAAAUGUCUCCACGGUCUGCGCGAACAACACUCUGCAGUUUCUGACCGACAUAGGCAACGGCCAGCCAUACGCGAGCCAAAUGUGGCUAUCAAACGGAGACAUUCUAAAUCUGAAGGUGCUGACGACGUACAAUGCAGCCAGUCUGGGCAAUUUUGAGCAAUGUCAGGCAGUGAAUGUCUGGAACCCAGACGCUCCAUUCAACACAAAGUACUGUAGCCUCAAUUACUGGGCCUCGGUCGCAACGCUCACCGUGGGCCUGUGCGUGCCCUCCAGCUGCACCGAAGCCGAUCUCAAGGAAAUCGUCCAAAGUAUUCCAGAAAUCGGGUCAAGUGCCGAGUUCAGUUGUGUCGUCCCUUACCCCUGGAAGACAGGAGCCAUUGUAACGUUGUGCAUCUUGGGGGUCUUUCUCCUAUUGGUUACCAUAGGCACCGUGUAUCACGUUAUAGUCCGAAGACGAAUCCAGGCCAACAUCACCAAAACCAAGGACAAAAUUGAGAAGAUGGAAGAAGACACUAACAAAACUAUGAAACAGAAAGAAAAUGAGUAUGGGAAUGGAAUCAUCAGAACCGUCUAUUGGACGGGGAAAGAUGACGUGGAAAACAACGGCAGCAUUCCACAUUAUACCAACGGUGGGUUCGUCGACGUAGAGGACGCUCAAGAGGCCGCAGAGCACACCAAGCCUACUGCGCACGCGCAUGGCUGCACAUGCACGAUUAGAGCCAGCAAGAAAAAGGUUAAGAAAAUGGGUUUUCUGGAUGCUAUCAUGAUGGGGUUCUCGGCAUUGCACAACGGCUCGAAGAUCUUGAACACCAAGGAAACGGCUGGAAACCUGGGCGUUUUGAACGGCAUCCGCGUCAUCAGCAUGUGGUGGAUUAUUCUGGGGCACUCCAUCUAUUUCAUAACGCCGUUCUUAGAUGAUCCUCGCUACACGGGUAUGGAGCUCUACCAAUCAUUCUGGUUCUCCGCUAUCAUUUACUCCACUGUGUCCGUGGAUACAUUCUUCUUCCUCAGCGGUCUCCUUCUGACGUACUUGACAUUGAAGCAUCUCCAGAAAGCCAACGGUAGACUGAACUGGUUUCUCUUCUACCUCCAUCGCUUCAUCCGUAUCACUCCGGCCUACAUGAUCUGCAUCGCCGUCUGGACAACUUUGAUCGUUCAUUUUGGUGAGGGUCCAGGCAAGAUAGACCUGUUCGAAUCGGCGGCUAAUAUGUGCAGGGAACGAUGGUGGACCAACUUACUCUAUAUCAACAACUUGUAUCCGUUUCCCGGCCAACUUGGUCAGCAGUGUAUGGGUUGGUCGUGGUAUCUGGCGAAUGAUAUGCAGUUCUUCGUCAUUAGCCCCAUCAUCAUCUACCUGUUGUACAAGUACUCCAAGCUGGGCCUUGGACUGAUCGUUGCACUGUGUCUUGCCUCAUUCGGCAUCACUGCAUACAUAGCUACCAAGUACGGGGUAACUCUUGGUGUAGGCCUCAACCCACCUUAUAGCAACAACAACACAAUCAUAGACUAUGGGAAUGGCAAUCCGGACAUCAUAUACAGCAAGCCUUACUGCCGUAUUCCUGCUUAUUUGGUGGGCAUGGUGUUUGGGUACGUCUUCUACAAACUGAAUGGGCAACCCUUCAAGAUGAGCAAGUGGAUUAAUGUCACCAUGUGGGUUGUAGCCGUUGGAGUGGGCCUAGCUAUCAUUUAUGGACCAUAUCGUAGCAAUGGAGAGCUCAUACCGCAGUAUGCUGCGGUGAUGUAUACUGUUUUCAGUCGAGCAGCAUUUGUUAUGGCCGUGGGCUGGGUGGCAUUUGCAUGCGUCACAGGCUACGGAGGCCCCAUCAACGCCCUCCUGAGCUGGGGCUUCUGGGCACCGUUGAGUCGCAUCACCUUUGGUGCAUAUCUGCUUCAUCCGAUUCUCAUGUAUUCCUUCUACACAACCGCCAAGUCCCAAUAUCACUUCACCUACAUCCAAUAUGCUUCCAUGUUCAUUUCCAACACGGUGUUUGCCUACGCGGCGGCCUUCGUACUGUCCAUCGGCGUGGAAGGCCCGGUCAUGGGGCUAGAGAAAGCUCUACUCGGCGGAGGGGCGAGAGGCAAGAAGAAUUAACACACGGAGCGCGGACAAACAGUUCGUCAGAGAUGGAAAUAAUGCGCCUCGAGCGUUAUUGAAGAUUUGUAGGGAUUUACAUUACCUAUUAUUUUUAGACAUACAAGUUGCAGUGUUAGUGGUGUAGUGCUCGUACUAUUGAAAACCGAGUGUGCUAUUUUUAUGUUAUGAAAGUGGACUUAAAUUCGCCUUGUAUUUUUUGCGCUUAACACACUCACUACAUUGGUAUUGUUAUAUCAUUUUUAUUAUUUGACAAUUUCCCCCGAUAUUCAACAGAAUUUUGUUACAUAUCACUAAUAUAUUAUAUACGACAUUUCGAUUCAAUGUGACUACUUUUGAGUUAUCAUCCGGAAAACGAGUGCGGUUUUGUUCCAUAUAAUUUUACUUAAUGCGUGGUAGCCUAUUUCCUUCAAAAGAGGGCGCGCGAAUGUUUGGGUUGUCGUCCGCACAACGAGUGCGGGCGUGGUGCAGCGCGAAAUUCAAGACAGUCAUUCCUGCACACCGUCGUAAAAGUAGCAUGUUGUAGACCGUUGUUCUUUCUUGAGUUCAGCCACAAUACUUGUUCUUCCGUUGCAUCACGUUGCUAUUACUGUGCAGCUACAUGAGCCCUCGCCUAUAUGGCUUCUGAAGGAACCUUUUCAUACAUUAGGUGAGCUUAAUUUCAAAACCUUUUCUAUAAUUUUGUAUGUUUUAGUGACGGUAUUUGAGUAGGUAUAUGAAUGUAGGUAUAUAUGUAGGUAUAUUGCUGGUAUUUGGUGACUUUAGCACAUUAUUUUGGCAAGUUAUUAUCCUCAUUACUGUAUGCUUAAUAAGCUCAGCUCACUUUAUAUUAUAAGGUGUCGUUAUUUUUGUGUAAUACAAAAUGUACAUUUGCACUCACGGUUAGUGCCAUUGAAAAUGUAUUACAGUAAUCGAGUUAUGGCCAUUUUGUUGUGGUAGAUGUUGAGACGGUACCCACCAGUCACUAACUCUCUGGCAGGUACAUGAUCGUUAAUGGUUCAUAUUGUAGAAAAUUAGAUAAGAUUGGCAUUCCGUAUUUUGCCUUCAUUUAACUCUUCAUUACUGCAUAAGUAUUCUUCCAUUUGUUAAAUUUCUCCUGUUUUGGGGUAUUUUGUUUUGACAUUACAGUGUGCAGAUAUAUGCCUCGCAUGUACUCGCGUCAAAUAGAAAUGUUCCAAUUUUAGAAAUAAUGCCCAUCUCCAAAACAUUUUGUAAUUAUUAUCUUUUCAUUUUUAAAAAUCAAUUUUAAGUUCCCAAUUGAAUUAACCAUCUCGUGAGCUUUAUGAGCGACCUGAAAAGUAAGUUUCCAACAACAUUUUUGUCACCUUCUCUCGUCUGCUUGGUUUUUAACUAGACACAUUUCAAACACUCAGAUGUUACAAGACUGUGUUCAUGUACAUUGUCCUUUGUUUAUUUUCAUGCAGAUAAUACGUACAUAUUGCACAUAAGCUACAUACACAUGCUCUACAACCUUUCCCAUGGGUACAACACAAACGUUUUAUGUGGUUUAAAACCCUUUCAGCUGUCUUAAUUUUUCAUAUUCAUUAAAACAUUCUUGGUAGAAUGGUUUUGCAAACUCCUCCCAAGUGAACUUUCUAUGGUUGAGAAAAAUGGUGGAAAUGAGAUGGCGAGAGAUUAUGAAAAAUACCAUGUAAAUAUAAGAAUGUGAUAAAAUUGAAAUCUGGGGAUGCUUAGAACUUUCAACAUUGACUGUUAAAGUUAACAAGUUUAAGUACAGUGCAUCUUUUCUAUCCUAACAUAUGUACAUACACAAGUAUUUACAUUUAUAAAUGGCAGUACACGUGUGUAAGUGUAUACACGGAAA